UCUUCCACAGCACGUGCCGCCAUCUUUGAAUGGUUUUUCGUUCAUUUGUACAAACAUUUUUUUGUUAAAAUGGCAGAUAAAGGAAACGAUUCUGCAGAAGAGGAAGAUCCUACCAUUGCUGAAGAUGUGGUCGUCACGAAGUACAAAAUGGCAGGCGACAUGGCUAACCGUGUUUUGAAGAAACUAAUAGAUGCUGCAACUGAAGAAACUACAGCACGGACAUUAUGCCAAAUGGGAGAUAAUCUUAUUGAAGAGGAAACGAGCAAAGUUUACAAGAAAGAAAAAGAACUGAAGAAAGGUAUUGCUUUCCCAACGUGUAUCUCAGUGAACAAUUGCGUUUGCCAUUUUUCACCGCUUUUGAGUGAACCUGAUAUCACACUUAAUGAUGGAGACCUUGUAAAAAUAGACCUCGGCGUUCAUAUUGACGGCUAUAUUGCAGUAGUAGGACACACAAUUGUUGUUGGUGCUUCAAAAGACAAUAAAGUAACAGGCCGAAAAGCUGAUGUUCUUCAAGCUGCAUACUUAGCAUCUGAAGUAGCACAAAGACUGGUGAAAGCCGGUAAUGAGAACUACACGGUUACAGAUCAUAUACAGAAAGUAGCAGAGGCAUUUCAAUGCAAGCCGGUUGAAGGUAUGUUAUCCCAUGAACUGAAAAGAAAUAUCAUAGAUGGCGAGAAGGCAAUCAUACAGAAUCCCACAGAGCAACAAAGGAAAGACCAUACCAAGUGUGAAUUUUCUGUACAUGACGUUUUUGCUGUCGAUCUCCUCAUAAGUACUGGAGAAGGCAAAACUAAAGAAAAGGAUACACGCACAACGGUGUACAAGAAAACUGAGAACAAUUACAGCUUGAAAAUGAAGGCUUCUAGAGUUUUUUUCAGUGAGGUUACUAAUAAAUUCACUGCCAUGCCAUUUACACUAAGAGCGUUUGAGGAUGAGAAAAAGGCAAGAAUGGGUGUUGUGGAAUGCGUUAAACACAGUCUUCUAGAACCUUUCAAUGUUCUUUGGGAAAAAGAAGGUGAAUAUGUAGCGCAGUUCAAAUUCACAUUGUUACUUAUGCCAAAUGGACCAAUCAGGAUAACGCAAGGACCUUUUGAUCCAGAAGUAAUACAUUCAGAACAUUCAAUAAAGGAUCCAGAUAUAAAGGCCAUCCUAGCAACAUCAGCUAGUAGGAAAACUCAAAAACGAAAGAAAAAGAAGGCAUCUAAUAAAGCAAGUGAUGCUGUGGCAGCAGAGAGUAAGAAUGGCGAAGAUGUGGACGAAUGAACUUUGGCUAACCCUGCUUGUUGUUCUUGUACUGCUAUGUUAUAUUGUCCUUUCACAAUCUCUAGUCUCUCACCUUGUGGAACAAGAUUUGAUCACCAGUAACAUUGCCAGCGUCAGAUCUAUGUCAAGCACAGUCUGUUCACAAUGCCAAGAUGAUACUGUUGUUUUACUAUAGCCAUGCUAGUGGCUGGUUGAAUAUGUACCAGAAAAAAGUCAGAUCAAAUAAAAAUGUUUCCCUUGGUGAUGGAAAAUA